AUGUUUCGAACAGCAAAACCGGCCAAGACAUUGGUGAUUUCUGAGCCAAAGAAUGAGGAAGGAGUGACUUGCAAUCUACUUUCGAACAUCAUACUAGUUUCUAAGUAUACAUUCGAUGGGGAGGGCAAAAACGAACUUUCUGUCAAGAAGGGAGACAUUUUGAAGUUGUUAGACAGGCCAGGCAAUGGAUGGGUUCUCGUGAAAUUCAUUGACAAAAUGAUACCUCCUGGAUUGGUGCCAGCUUCUUACGUGGAUAUUGCAAUCAAUGACUCAACCAAUCCGAUUACCCUUAAUUGGUUGUAUGAAAACAAUAAUUCAAUAGAGUUGACUGACUUCGACCAUACGAACUAUCUAGAACUACAAAUUAAAAACUUAAUGAAGUUGAACGCCCCAAUUACUAUAAAUAAUCGUCCAUACCCUGUCUCCGCGUUGAUUUCAAACGUAUUAUCAUAUAAAGAGAGGUACUGGUACCGUGUUGAUGUCUCUUUAUCAAACCAAACAAAGGUGUAUUUGUGCCGCUACUAUCAAGAUUUUUAUAACUUACAUCUUUCUUUAUUGGAAACAUUGUCUAAACUUAAGGAUAAGGGAACCGACCUUAGAUUACCUAAAUUACCAGAACCUAUUCCUAGUAACAAGCCUGAUUCUUUGAAUACCAUUUUAUCGAGAAGAUGCUAUGAUUUGAACGUUUACAUUAAUAAUCUAAUUUCGAGUGAACAUUAUCAGUAUUCGAAAAUAUUAAUUGACUGGUUAGAACCAGAUUAUAAAGACUUGCCAGGUUUUAGGAUAAAUAAAUCAGAUGAUAUUAAUUUGAAGAAUGAAGAGAUCAGUGAUAGGGUAUUGCCAGGUUCUGAGGGAAUCGAAGAAGAGACGGAAACGGACCCUGAAGUACUGAAAGAUGACAGUGCCGAUUUAAGUGAAGAUAUAUUUGAGCGAGGUGCUGAAGAAGAUGAUGAAGAUGAUGAUGAUGAUACUGAUAAAUCUCAAAUUAAUAAAGAUUUGCCUCAACGUAGUAAAUCUAAGAAUAUUUAUAAUCAUUAUCAACAAAUUAAUAAUUUUGGAAGUUUUAAGAAGCUGGCAAAGCAACCGACCUUGAAAAGAAAGCUGCCUUCCUCAUUAAACCUGAGCCCUAGAAUGUCGAGCCCCGUUAGACAGGAUCAGACUCCUGCAAUACCCACUCCGAUCGCCUCCAUGGCUAGCUUUCCUCUGAAGCAUCAAGCGAGAUAUACUUCGGGGUCUUCAACGAACUCCGCAACUUUAAAAAGAAAUCCCUUGAUGGGAGAGACCUACACAUAUCAAGGAAUGAAAUCUCCACACUGUAGUUCUGGUGAUGAAUUCAGUCUUUCAAAGAAUAACUCAUUUAGGAGCAUGAACUUGGUUGAAUGCAAAAUCGCUUCGAUGCCCAAUAAAGAGAUAAUCACUGUGAGUUUGAACAAAGCACAUAUUACUUCAGCUGAAGUUUUCAAGAGACUUUUGGCUACUAAAGUGCUGUUCGAUAAACUUUACGUCAGACUACCGCAUCAGAAGAAUUUCGAGGAUAUUGAUCACUUUACCUCUGAUCUCGUGGAGUUCUUGAGAUACAAUAACAAGAUACUCUUGAAAACCUCGUAA